AUGUAUGCCUCAUCCGUCGCUGGUGCCCCUAUCGACCCACCACGCAUUCGGACCUCCCUCGGUCCGAGGCCUCCCGAACCGACGUCCCCGCCACCUCCAUACGAAGCCCACGAAGCUUACCCGUCCUUCGCACCAAUUGCACCGGGCAUCACUUCGCGCACGAACUCCCUUCCAAGACCUCAGGAGGGCCUUGCAUCAUACGGAGAUAGCUCUCGGUCUCGUGCUCGGAGGCCGGCGCAGAAUCUCUCGAUUCCUCAUCUCCGCGAAGCCAUACACACUCUCGAGUCGAGGAUGGCGUCAUUGCUCAACGAGCGGGACCUCCUCGAAUCGAGGCUGGAGCUGGCAGUCCGUAUGCAGUCGCCCGUCCAACGGCUGCCGGACGAGCUGCUUUCAGCCAUUUUCGAGAUCGGCGUGCUCGACGGAGAAGAGGAGGAUCCCAUCACGCUAGCCAACCUCAUGAUCGUCUGUCGGCAGUGGAAGGACGUCGCGGUGGAUACCCCAGCUCUGUGGUCGCGGAUCCGGAUGGGCACGCGCCAUUCGUUCGACAAGGCGCGAGUCAAGCUGGAGCGUUCGAAGACGGUGCCCCUCUACAUUGGCGUCGACUUCAGUCCACGCGUGGAGUACGGCAAUGUUUCCACAGAAAGCCUCAUGCUAGCCAUGGACCUCCUGCGCCCUGCUAUCUGGCGCUGGAGAACCUUCCACUUGACCGUUCCCAAUAGGCCGCAGGCGCAUGCUGCGUUAACGCGCUGUAGGGAACGUGCACCUCUCCUUGAGGUGAUGUCGGUGCGUAUCUGCCAUUCGAUGCAGGAGGACCCUUUCUCGAGAGCGCCGCCACCGCUUUUUGAGGGCCACACGCCACGCCUACGUUCGUGUUCAUUCACGUCGUUCAACUUCAACUGGGAUACCGCCCUGGUUACGCGACUACGCGUGCUCAAGCUGGGAGGGUAUUGGAACGCACAAUCUCCUUCAGUCGACGUCAUUCUGGGGAUCUUGCGAGCGUGUCCAAACCUGGAAGAGCUUGCGCUCCGCAAUAUGUCCGACAUCGAAACAGAUUCGUGUUCUUUGCCGGACUUCGACCCGUCGGAGCAAGAUAGCCUCGGAGAGCGAUUAGUGCAUGUGGCUGAUGCGAGGCCAGUGCAGCUACCGCGUCUAGUGGAAGCUUCCUUCUACUACUGCGGCAAUGUUCGCACCAGGACUAUCCUCAGUCUGAUUUCCUUCCCAGCGCUCGAGCGGAUCGAGUUAUGUUUCCUAGAUAACGUCUCUCCGAUGCUGGAGUACCUACGACGACAGUCGCUGACGCGGUUACCGCUCCGCCAUCUCCGUAUUGAGUCAAGUUACUUCAACGAGAUGAAGCUUGUCAGGUUGCUCAAGCGACUUCCCGCGCUAAAUAGCCUCGAGUUCGUGGACGCGGAUGACGUCUCGUCGAAUCUUCUCAAGACCUUCGCCACGCCGGCGGCAGCUCAGACAUGGGUUUGCCCCAAGUUGACAAGCGUGUGGCUGGAAGGCUGCACUUCCGUUGAUUGGGAGGCCCUGCGGGCGGUGGUCGAAUCUCGCCUUCCCGCGCAGUCGCGCGCACUUCCACCGCAGAAGCUGUCGCGCGGUAGUUCGUCCUCGGCUUCGACCAGCGUACAGCCAUCAAGGCCAACGUCGUCCGCGUCCGCCUUCGCGUACCAGGCGCACAUCCUGUCUCGAGUUCCCGCUUCUACAUCCUCUGGACAUGCGUCCCUGAUCGGUCCCCGUCGCCUGGAAUCGCUCAAUCUAUCUCGCUGUCACCAGAUCAGCAAGGAGAUGGUGCAGUGGCUUCGUAUGUAUGUGGCCGAAGUGAAGUGCGAGGCCACGAAGGGUGUCUGGGGAGAGCCAGUGACGGUGUAA